AUGAAGUACUCUGCCUUUGCUAUCACACUUGCCACUCUAUCUACUGUUUUUGCUUCGCCUAUCGCUCGAGAUGCCGAUAGCAAAUCCGGGUUCCUGACUAUCCCUGUUGUUCGCGUACAUGCACCCAAUAACAGCUCUGUUAGCCAUAUUGCGAAGCGGAGCACUAUCCCUGUUUCACUUUCAAACCAGGUUUAUUUGUACCUUGCCACGUUUGACCUUGGAACACCCGAGCAGUCUGUCACAGCUCAGAUCGACACGGGCUCUUCAGAUCUCUGGGUUUAUGGCCCCAACUCUAAUGCACCUGGUGCUUCUUACGACCCUUCUGAUUCGUCUACCUAUGAGUACCUGAGCAAUGAUUUCUCGAUUGAAUACGUUGAUGGUACAGAGAUCAACGGUGAUUGGGUCACCGACACUGUCACUAUUGGUUCGGCAGCUGUCACGAAUCAGCAAUUUGCUUACACAAAUGCCGAAGCUUCCAAUGGCCUCAAUUAUGGUGUGUUCGGUAUCGGUUUCGAGAAUGAUGAGUCCACUAGCUCUGAAUACACCAACGUCCCUCAAAACUUGAAGAACCAAGGGUUCAUCUCCCAGAACGCUUAUUCUCUUUACUUGGACGACAUCGAUGCCAACACUGGUACGCUACUUUUCGGUGGUAUUGAUGAGGCCAAAUAUAGUGGUUCUAUGGCCGUGCUUCCCAUUGAGUCUAAUUCUGCGUUCCAGGUUUCGGUUUCCGUUGUUGGCAGCUCGACUCAGGGUAUCCUCGACUCAGGAACAUCUCUUACGUACUUGGACUCUGACACUGUUGAACAGAUUGCCAAUAUCUAUGGCGCUACUUGGGAUCAGAGCCAGGGUGCUUACAUUUUGAAUUCGCAGCCUUCUGGCAACCCCCUGGUUUACACAUUCGGCAACGUCGAAAUCCAGGUCGGACUUGAUGAACUUUUCAUUGAAAAUGAGGAUGGUUCUUAUACCCUCACAAUCUUGCCCAACUCUGAGACCCAAGGUAUUAACUUGCUUGGAGACAGCACUCUUCGUUCUGCGUACGUUGUCUACCAACUUGAUUCCAACCAGAUUGGAAUUGCUCAGGCCAAGUAUACCAGCUCAUCUAACAUUGUUCCCAUCACUGGCUCUUUGUAA